AUGUGGGGAAGUUACGAACCGUACUUCUUCAGCCAGUCCACCGAUGACAAAAAAAACAGGACUCAAAAAGAAAAAGCAGCAAAAACUAUUCAAAGAGCAUGGUGGAUUCAUAUAAAAACAAGGUUGUUUAAGCUCCUUAAACAUACAAUCCGUGCAGCGGAGCAUUGCAUUAGUCAUGAUAUUUUGAAAAGAGUGAGUCCCUUGGAGGCUGAACUUCUUAAGGAUCCUAGUUUUCUGUGCAAAGUCCGAUUCAGAUUUGCAGGGUCCAGCUUUCCCCCCUUCAUUGUGUUCAAGAUAUUUUGUAUCUCAAUGGGACAAGGUAACAAAUACAUCAGUGGGAAAACAAUAAUAACACCAAGAAGUGAGGCAGCUGUUGAUGCUUGCAGAUUAAUGGGAUAUCGAAAGUAUUAUAAGCAGAUAUUGCAGGAUGAGCUUCAGUUCAAAAAAUAUGGAAUAACAGAUGAGAUAGAUGUUGCAACAGUAAAAGAUUACAUGCAAUAUAGUAGUCAUUUGGAUGAGAUGCCGGCAUGCUUUGGAGGCAGACAUAACUAUUGGAGAAGAUUAUCAUUGGAAAAUUUUCCCAGGACAAUGAUAAUGUAUGACAUCAUGGAGUAUGCACAGUGUGGGAAAAUGUCAGCUAGACUGAGGUGUGAACUUCCAUUUCUGCUACUGAGACCAGAGAAUGAAGAAACAUACCAUGCCCAACUCAUGGCUGUUUGUCAAAUCAGAUUUGCUACACCAAAAGCCACAACAGUCAGCCCACUGAGAUUAAACCAAUGGUCAGCACCAAGAUCUUCUAAGCGUCGCUCUUAUCAAGCUCAGCAAAAGAUUGCAAAAAUGAGGAAGGCUUAUAAACUUGACAAAGAAAAAAUGGAACAGAAGAUGGAUAUUUCAACUCCUUUAACUAUCCAUCAAGAAGUUAAAAUUCCAUUACAGGAAGGCACAGCUAACCAAACUCUAUUUGUAGAGGAAGAAUGGGAGAAGGAGGCAGCAAAGCUUUUUGCCUGGUCUAAAUCACUUGGUGAAGAUACUGGAGAGCAUCGCCACUAAAUGUGUUUUUCCAAAAACAAUUACCCAUUUGAAAUCACGUCAGGACUCCUGAUGUAGAAAAAUGAAGUUCUCCACAUGCAGUUCUGUUGGCCACAAUACAGAUACAGUCCUGAUGGAACAUACAUUCCAUAUAUAUUUUUUAAAAAAAAUCAAGCUCUGGCUUAGGGGAAGUAUAAUGAAGCAAAUACUGUGGUUCAAACUAAGUGUUCAUAGUAUCAAAACAGAAAUAAAAUGGAGAAGAAUUGUACCACUCUAAAUGGAGGGGGAGGCUGGGAGAUCCAAGUGUCAUGACCAACCAGGACAUUGAUCUUUCAAAGCAGUGACUUGUUGGACGUGGUAAAUAGAAUCAAAGUGGGAAAUCAGAGAAUACAGUUUCCAGACGACAACUAAGAGGAGACAAAAGGGUGAUACUAUGAAAGGGUUUAAACUGGUGUUCAGAUACUCAAGAUACAUUAUGGUUAAUGUGACUGCAUACAAUAGUUGGGUUUUUUCCCAUUUGAACAUGCUCUAAUAAUGAUAUAACACACUAUCCUGUGAAAUAGUUCUAUAAAAUCUUAGAAUAUCAAUAAUGGGCAAAAAGAACUUAUAAAUAUUAAAUGCCAAGCUCCAAUCGGAAAGUGUUCAGUACAUCCUUCAGUCUCUCCCACUAAAAUAAUGAGAUUUAUGAGGGUUUAACUUCAGCUACGUUUUGUCCAGUUAUUUCAUGUUAGCUCAUUUUUCUCAGUUCAGCUUAUAUGCUUUAUGUAUAGUAAAUCUGAACUACAAGGCAAAGUAUAAUAAAGAUUAAAAAUAUUUUAUUUA